AUGGCAGACUCCAAUGUCUCAAUUCCCAUGAAGCUGGACGCCUUCGUCUUUAACCAGGACGUCUGUGAUGGCGAUAGUCUGGACUCUAAGAUUGCGCCCAUCACACAGCCCAAUUACACAUUCCUGCGAGUCGGGAAUCAGGAUUACCUCCUGCAAAAUGACCUUGUCGACCUCGUUGAUCUGGCAAACGCGACGCCAUAUCAGCGGAAUGCUCGCCUUAUGAACCUCGGGAGUGGUGAGAUGCGCGAGAGCCGCCUGGGCGUCUACCUGCACUGGAUCCUCCCUCGACCAUACCGCACAGGCGCUGCAGCAACACCCCAAGGGGCGCCAAGAAGCGCUUUGGCGGCCGAUGCUGCCGAUCCCACAGCUCCGCAGUUCAGGAAUCCCCCCACGAGAUGGCUGAUCAUUCGGAAGUUGGACCUGAGCACGAUCAAGCCCGCUGGUGCCGAUAUCAAGCCCGUGGAGGGAUGGGUUGUCGAGAGCGACAGAGUGCGGGCCUUGGGCGACCUCACAGACUCGGUUGAUCUUCAGGUAGACAUCUCGCCUUACAUCCUCUCCACGAAGGGCAACGCCACGGACCCGGCAAAUAUAGAUAUCGGAAAGCAAGCAGAGAUCUUCGUCGGCUAUAAAGCAGACGCAGCGACGUGGAAGGAGCCCGGAGACGCCGAGACCCGGGUUAACCUUAAUCUGCUAAACAGCUCGAACCAGCUAUUCCCUGAUUACCAGCCUCACAAUAGCAACGUCUUUUCCGUGACUGACACAUUCAGCUACGUCGACGCGGAUGGCAACCCCACGUCGCUCACGGAUGCGGCCGCUGACUACUAUGUUAUGGGCUGGCACGAGAGUAGUGCCGACGACCCGUUUACUCUCAACGGUGACACCAGAUCCAGUCGGCUGAGCGAGUUGAACAUGACAUUGAACGAUAUGCCAGCACUGGACGACUGGCUGAGCUCGUCGACCAAUACCAGGGUAAUCUGCCACGGAGCCAUGUACGGGGUCGAGUGGCAUCGUCGGUGGGAUGCAGACGGUGAGCCAAACAGGCCGAAAAAGGUCCUGGCCGAUAUCUUCACCAAAGACCUCAUCGAAAAGAUGCCGAUUGCAGUGGGUACAACAGCCAUGGACACUGUCCUGGCCUAUAUCCACGCCCACCACGAGGACGAGCUCGAGAGCGACAUCAACCGCAUCUCUACCCUCCUCCGAGCGCAGAGUGAUAGUGUGACCGAUCAACAGGCGGGUGAGGACGAGGUGCAAAACUACAACUUCUCUACCGUUGGCGGUGGUGCCCACUUUGUCAUGCCGAUCGAGGAUGACCGGCCAGCGCAGCCACCGACGGAGAAGGACCAGAAGAACUUGAAGCUACUUAACCAGGCGCAGGCACUGGUGGACUCGACAGGGCGUGCACUCGAGAGAACGCAGUGGGACAUUUUCUCCCUCUGGUGGAAGUACGAGACAGAUGUCGACAACAAGCUUCCUGAAGUGAUGGAGAAAUACAAAGUAAGGGCAGAUUUGCUGACGGCCGAGUACAAAGCGCUCGUGACGCUCCUGGGAGAACAGCAGGCUACCGUCCAGGAUAUCAUAGACCAGAGACUAUCGCAGAAACCAAAGAUGGCCACCCUAAGAGAGUAUGCACAGGCUAGAGAUCCGAGCGUGGUUGUUGCCGGGGCCAAGCCUGGCUGGCCGGAAGACUUCCUUGAUAAUCUGAUCUGUCGCCUCGACUACCAGAUCGACACCUUCUACAGCCCAUCGGUGCCCGCCUUUGAUGAAUUCUUCAUCGAAUGCGUACCCCUCCAGUUGCAAAAGACGGCGCUCGCGCUCGCCCAAGAAUUCGUACAGUAUACGCCAGCCAGACCCGCCGAGGAGACCGAGGUGGCGAGGCUCGAUUAUGAGACCUUCCCUCCUCUCUACCACGACCGCGGCAACCCUUCGGUCGAGCCGCCGCUGGACGCCCCCUGGCGGGACCGCUGGGAGAGCACGCAGCCCUGGUUCCCGCUGUACGUGGAGUGGGAAGCCGAGUUCUUCGACGUCGAAUAUGACAAGUGGGCGUUGGAGUACACCACGUCGCGCAUGGAGAGCCAGCCCAAGUUCCACCAUGCCAUCGCGCCGGGGUCCCAGCCGCUAUGGGAGGACAAGGAUGUCGUGCAAGACACAAGAACGCUAUCCGGCCGGACCCUCAUCCUCCCCCAGGCCACCUUUAAUCUAAAGGCCCAGAUCGACCAGCUCUUCAGCAGUACCCCCCCUGAGGUGCUGGACCAGUACCUAAGCCCCAAGGAGAGAGCAAAGCUUCAGGCGAAUGUGUCGACGAUGGCGCUGCUGUCGUUGCCAAUGGGCGGGUUCAUCAACCAACUCACCACGACUAUGGAGGGGAACCACCUCAAACCGAACAUCCGGGUGCCCGGGGAGGCCCCAAUCCCUAUGAAAGGAGCGUACCUUGAUAGCGAGGUAGUCAAUCUUGGCUGGGAGCAGAUCAAGGCCAUCGGCAUCGAGUCCGAUCUCACCCCAUACGGCAGCCUCGUGCCCCUCCCCGACACCAGCUUCGCAGCCUUCAAGCCCGCCACGCAUGGGCAGUUCCGCUUCACGAAGCUCACCAUCGUUGAUAAGUUUGGCCAGUGCGCGCCGGCCAUCGACCCGCACCCGCGCCGGACCGGCCCACCGCCGCUCUACCCGUGCCUAAGCGACCUCUUGGCGCCCCAGAACUUCGACGGCGGUUACGCCAACGUCGCUAUCAAGCCCGAAAGCACGUCCGUCUGCGAGUUCGCCCAGGUGCCGCCGCAGAUCAACCAGCCCAGCAGGCUCAACGCCAAAUUUGUUGUACGGGACGAGGAUGCCUCCGACCCCGCGUACUGGCGUCCGGCGCGCGAGUGGGAGAAUCCGAUCUGGGGGUGGGUGGUAGUCAACUACGUGGACAACGGCGUCCAGUUCUUCCUCAAGGACGGUAGCUUCUACCGCGAGGCCCGGGCAGCAUCCCGAGAGAACCCGUUCCCCGUCGCAGCAACGGCGCGCUGGACGCCCUUCGGCCGUGGCUCCAGCUCACCGGACACAGAUCAGAUCGACCGGCUGAUCAACCAGUUCACCGACAGCAAGGAAGGGCAGCAGUUCCUCGAGGACUUCAUCGCCAUGAUCACGGCGUCUGUCGACCACGCGGUGCCCGCGACGGCGGCGUACGGCCCUUUUUUGACGGCACUAGUGGGCAAGCCGCUCGCUCUAGUAAACGCGGCCUAUAGCCUGGAGCUUUCAGCAGAUGCUAGGGCCAACGAGUCGACUCUCAAGAGCCAGGACGGACUACACACCAAGUACCACCUACUCCGAGACCCAUCUGACACAGGUUCGGACGUCUACAACUUCGCCCUCAAGCUUGGCGACGCCGCCCGCCUUCACGAUGGCCUGGUGGGCUACUUCCAGGCCAGUUCCAAGCCGUGGGAGUGCCCUCCCGGCGGCGAGCUAAACCUCGACACGCUGUACACGAACUAUACCGAUGUAUCCUCCAAGUCGCGCUUUGAGCCGAUUGAUACGUCAACGUUCCCAACCCUCGAGGCCUACUACCUCUCCCCGUCCUCGUUCGCUGAGUACGAGGACCCCGGCGCGGCAUUUGCAGCGGCGACCCACGCGCGCUUCAACCCGGCCGUCUUCGGGUGUAUCGUCGAUCCGUUCGUGCCGUUGCAUGCGUAUACGGGUGGCGGGAUCGCGCCAGUGGCCGGUUUGGCGCUGCCGGACUGGACCUGGCGAGGCGCACUUGAUCAGAUGACCGCCUUCUUCCACGUAGGCCCGUUGCUAGUGACGGGAGACACCCCCGGUUUCGACGUGGAGCAUGCACUCCCAGCAAACUACGGCGGGAAACUGGAGGAGCUGACCUUCCCAGGAAGCGCCCUAGAGCUGCCGAGCCUUAGAGCCGCGGAAUGGAGGUGGCUGCAGGGCUAUCGCGUCGAUGACCCGGGGCAAGUGGGUAGUCCCGGCGAGGCAGAGGAGGGUGGCGAAGAUGACGGACUGCAGAAGUUCAUGGCGCUGGGGCUUGGGAAGCUAGAUGCGACGCCCAGGUUCCAGCCAGGGCCAUACACGGCGAUCGAGGGAUACCUGCAAAUGGCAAAGCCUAUCCAGACUAGCCAGUCGCAGAAGGGCGGCACGUGA